ACGCUUUUGUUGUGAUUCUUCCACAUCUUAACGUGAGUAAAGGUCCUCCUGAGCGCUACGAGGAGCAUCUUCGGGCUCCGUCCUGACAAAGUUUAAAGACUUUAAAGAGAGGAGAGAGAGGAAGUUUGGCGUUGUCGAGAUAAAUGGCGGCGCCUGAGAAGGGCGAAGUGGUUGUUGCAGAGGAGUACAUCAGCCCUUCAGGUGAUCAAGAGGACCCUCACCAUGCUGCCAUUCCUGCACCCACGGCGGAGCGCCCUGCACCCGCAGAUGAGCAUUCUGCUCCAAUCAUCAUGGCUUUCUCCCAGGACACCCGAAGGCAGUCACCUGUGAAUCAAUUCAGGCUCAAGAAGUUCUUUGUCUUGAGGCCUGGCACUCUGGAUCUGGCCAUCGAAGACAUUAAAGUUCUAGUGGAUAAAGAAAUAGAUGGCAGCAUUCCAUGGUAUCUGGCUGAUGGCAGAGGUGGAUCACUGGAACAAUGAAAAAGAAUGCAUCGUGCUCAUCACAGACAAGUCUCUGCUUAUCUGCAAAUAUGACUUUGUAAUGUUCAACUGUGAGCAGAUCCGGAGAGUCCCACUGAACAUUGUGGACCGAAUCACCCAGGGAACCUUCAGCUUCCCCAAAUACUCUCUGCUGCGGAGAGAAGGAGUGGGGGUGCGAGUGUUCUGGGACAGACUGAGGGAGCCCUCAUUUGUGUCCAGAUGGAACCCCUUCACUACAGACUUCCCCUACAUCACCUUCACUCACCACCCUGUGAGGAACAUCAGUGACAGCUUCAAUGCAAAUUGUGAUGUCAUGAACUUUUUGGAACUGCUCAAGAACGCAUCCCAGAAAGCUCACACAGUGAAACCUGUUCCCGGGAAGGCCAACGGUGUCAUGGUUCUGAAUCAGCCCAUCCUCAUCGAGGCGUAUGUGGGCCUGAUGUCUGCCAUUGGGAACCAGAACAAACUGGGCUACAGCAUGGCGAGAGGCAACAUUGGCUUCUAAAUCCAGCUUACAAAAUUCACAUUCAGUGCAUAGAUAACUGGUUUCUGACUUCACCUCUGAUAUCACUGGAUAAAUACAUUUUAAAGGUUUUGCUUCCUGAAACCACAUUUGAGAUUAUGAAGGAAUAUCAAACUGAAGACCAAAAUAAUUCAAGUAAUUUUCAACUGAAUCAACAAUAUUCUGUUAACUAUAAAUAGAGGCUGUUACCGAAAGAAGGAAUGAAUGAAUGAGAAAGAAAGUGUCAGUAUGCGUCCAAACAGCACCUAUAAAUGUGAUCAGCUUUUAUACCCUGUCUGACAGCAUCUAACGUGGACUAUAGUACAUGCCCAGGCACAUUUGAACUCACUAAAACUGCUUUGUGGCCAGUAUAUUACCUAACUUAGUACAACUGGAAAUUAUAAAAAUAAGUUAUAGCUACAAAACAAUAUCUGAUUUAAAAAAAAAUAAAUA